UCAACUCACGCUCCUCGGAAAGGUCACUCUCUUUUCUUUCACUCUCUGUUUUGUUCUUUAUCGCCUGAGAAUUGAUGUGGAUUUUUCAAAUUUCAGUUAAUCUUAGCUAAUUGACUUGAAAUUCAAUGAAAAGAUUCAAUUUUUGGUUUAAUUAAGCAAGUUGUGAGAUAGAUGAACGAAUUUGUUGACCAAUUGCGUUUUACAGGAUACGUUUGUUGCUCUAUGAAGUCUUAUAGAUUAUCUGAACUUAGUUCUUCCCAAGUUGAUAGUUUGAAGUCACGCCCUCGCAUUGACUUCUCUUCUAUUUUCGCCACUGUGAACCCGAUUAUCGAUGCUGUUCGUAGCAAUGGGGAUAAUGCUGUCAAAGAAUACACUGAAAGAUUUGACAAAGUCCAGCUGAAUAAAGUUGUGGAAGAUAUGUCUGAGCUUUCUGUUCCUGAGCUCGAUUCCAAUGUCAAAGAAGCGUUUGAUGUUGCGUAUGACAACAUAUAUGCGUUUCACUUAGCCCAAAAGUCAACUGAGAAAAGCGUUGAGAAUAUGAAAGGUGUCAGAUGUAAAAGGGUGUCAAGAUCUAUUGGCUCUGUAGGUCUUUAUGUGCCUGGUGGAACAGCUGUUUUGCCAUCAACGGCUUUGAUGCUUGCUAUUCCUGCUCAAAUUGCUGGAUGUAAAACAGUUGUUCUUGCAACUCCACCAAGUAAGGAUGGAAGCAUUUGUAAGGAGGUUCUGUAUUGCGCCAAGAGGGCUGGUGUUACUCACAUACUCAAAGCUGGUGGAGCGCAGGCUAUAGCUGCCAUGGCCUGGGGGACAGAUUCUUGUCCAAAGGUUGAGAAGAUUUUUGGUCCUGGGAACCAGUAUGUCACAGCUGCUAAGAUGAUUCUUCAAAACAGCGAGGCAAUGGUCUCAAUCGAUAUGCCUGCUGGUCCUUCAGAAGUCCUAGUUAUUGCUGACGAACAUGCUAGUCCAGUUUACAUUGCAGCAGACUUACUUUCUCAGGCGGAGCAUGGUCCAGAUAGUCAAGUUGUUCUUGUAGUUGUGGGCGAUAGUGUAGAUCUCAACGCCAUCGAAGAAGAAAUUGCCAAGCAGUGCAAAAGCCUUCCUAGAGGAGAGUUUGCUUCAAAAGCACUAAGUCACAGUUUCACAGUGUUUGCUCGAGAUAUGAUUGAGGCAAUAUCUUUCUCAAAUCUAUAUGCACCCGAACAUUUGAUCAUCAAUGUCAAAGACGCUGAGAAAUGGGAGGGACUGAUUGAGAACGCAGGCUCGGUUUUCAUAGGACCAUGGACUCCAGAGAGUGUUGGGGAUUAUGCGAGCGGGACAAACCACGUUCUUCCAACAUAUGGAUAUGCAAGAAUGUACAGUGGCGUCUCUCUCGACUCUUUCCUAAAGUUCAUGACUGUACAAUCUUUGACAGAGGAAGGUCUGAGAAACCUCGGCCCUUAUGUAGCAACUAUGGCUGAAAUCGAAGGUUUAGAUGCACACAAGAGAGCCGUUACUCUCAGACUCAAGGAUAUCGAAGCCAAACAGCUUGCAUAAUCCAAUUGAGAUUUAUAUUCAGACAAAAGAGGCAAAAAUUCUUUUUGUAUUGUAUGAACAUAUUUGGUUUCCUGAGAUGGAAUAACAAUAAAAUAAGAGAUGUUGGAAAACUCUUACCAUAAUCUUGUUUUUCAUUCUUUAAAUCUAAAUCCUUCCGUAUGUUUGAACC